CUUAGGUAUUCCUCAGCACCAGGAGAGGGGCUUGGAUCCUGAAUCGUGUAGGGGACUGUGGAUAUCCUUUUGAUGUGGUACACUUUUCUCGACUUAAACAUCUUCUAUCAAAGAUAUGCGGUCAAGCAUUAACAAGUACAUUUUUUGAAAAACGUAUGAAUCAAAGAUUUGAUCAUGAAAUGUUUGGCCUGAAGCCUAAACACAGAGCUCUGAGCCAGCAUCCAACAGUAAAUGAUGAUCUGCCUAACCGUAUAAUUUCUGGCUUGGUGAAGGUGAAAGGAAAUGUGAAGGAAUUCACAGAAACAGCUGCCAUAUUUGAGGAUGGCUCCAGAGAGGAUGACAUUGAUGUUGUUAUCUUUGCAACAGGCUAUAGCUUUGCCUUUCCUUUUCUUGAAGAUUCUAUCAAAGUGGUCAAAAAUAAGAUAUCCCUAUAUAAAAAAGUCUUCCCCCCCAACCUAGAAAAGCCAACUCUUGCAAUCAUAGGCUUGAUUCAACCCUUAGGAGCCAUUAUGCCGAUUKCAGAGCUCCAAGGACGCUGGGCUACUCAAGUAUUUAAAGGGCUAAAGAAAUUGCCCUCACAAAGUGAAAUGAUGGCAGAUAUAUCUAAGACUCAAGAGGAAAUGGCAAAAAGGUACGUGGAAAGCCAACGCCAUACCAUUCAGGGAGACUACAUUGAUACCAUGGAUCAGAUUGCUGAUUUGGUGGGAGUCAAGCCUAAUCUACUGUCUCUGGCCUUCACUGAUCCCAAGCUAGCAUUACAGUUAUUUUUGGGACCUUGUACUCCAGCCCAGUUUCGUCUACAAGGCCCUGGAAAGUGGGAUGRGGCUCGAAAAACCAUCUUGACCACACAUGAUCGUAUCAGGAAGCCUAUGAAGACAAGAGUAAUUGAAAAGAGUAAUUCCACAGCUUUAACAAAGACAAUGGGCAGGAUUAUGCUAGCUGUUAUUUUCUUUGCAGUGAUUAUGGCUUAUUUUUAGAAGUCCCAUUGUCAAAAACCUGGCUUUCAUUGGGAAGCUCAAUCUAGAGAUGGCUUCCAAACCUAACAAGAUUGAACAAUUCUCA